ACAGCUGAAGGGUCCUCAUUGGAAUGGCCUCUCAACCAGCAAGAAAAGACAAACAUGAAAGUGCACUUGAGAGUAAGCGAUGGCCUGAGUGUUUUUUUUCUUUGCCUCGAAGUAAAUGAGUGCAUGUACAUAAUAUAAAUAAAGAAUAUUGUGGAAGUUAUGUUUUAUAUUGUUUUAGCCAGUUGACAUUUGUCUGUGGUAUUAUAACAAAAAAAAACACAAUAAAUGGCAUACAAUUGUGAAAUAAAGUUAAAUAAAAGAACCAAAAAAGUGCGUCUGUUCUGUGAGUUCGUCUUUAACUCGAGGGUAGCAGAUAGCAGCCUUCAGCUCUGGUGUGUUGUUGAAUCUGGCGUCUCUCAUCUUUCUCUUGGCAACACCUUAUACGUUCUCUACAGGGUUCAGGUCGGGUGUGUGGUCUGGCCAGUGAAACCCAGUAACACCACCAUCAGCAGAACAGUUCCAAGUAGUUUUGGCGCUGUGGGCAGGCGCCAAAUCCUGCAGGUGAGAGCGGUACAAAGCCCUCAGGUGCCGCCCCUGGUUCUACCUCCUUAUGUUGAUUCUGGAUCCGCUGUCUUGCUUGCCAACAGCUAUCACAGUUUGGGUCACUGUCUACGUACCAAUAUAUUUCCAGGUGCUCCUUUAGAGUGGAAAUCCCUCAGCAGGGAUUCCUACAUCAGCCACCCCCUGGACCCCUGGCCUCCAGACCCCCAUCUCUGGUUUGGACAUAAGACAGAUGACUUGAUUCAGUGGACGGAGAGGAACAUCUUAACCCACAAACUUAACAAGACACUGACAGAAGUAGAGAAAAGAGGCAAGAAGACAAAAUGAUGUCCUGCUAAAUACUGUGAAACCACAACACACACACUGACUUUGCAAUAAACACGCAUGGUUACA